AUGGUCCUGCCCGAGAUCAUGGCCGACAAGUCCUCCGUGUCCACCCCUAGUGCGGGCUCUCCGUCUCCAGACAGCGAAAGUUUUUCCGACAUCCCAUCCAGCAACGCCUCCCCCGUCUCCGCGCCUCCAUCCCUCUACAUGACUCCCACACCAGAUGGGCGCGAUCCCCACGACUCCCUGCUCGACUCCCGGCCCCGUCCCAACCCUGAUGUCGCCCGUUCCCACUCCGCCGCAGGCAAGGGUGGCUGUUGGACAUGCCGCCUGAGAAGAAAGAAAUGCGACGAGGAGCGUGAAGAUGACAACGGUGCGUGCAGAACCUGUCGCCGCCUUGGAAUCGAAUGCCUCGGCUGGGGCGUAAAGCGACCAGACUGGAUGCGAGACAAGGAGAAGGUCGCCGCGUACAAGGCGCACAUCACCGAGGACCUCAACCGCAAGGGCCUCAUCCGUGGUCGCCCCCGCGCCGCGUACAUGUCGCCCGCGCCCCUUGCGCACCCGCACGCAUCUGCCGUCGCCGGCCCUGGGCCCUCUUCCGCGCGCUUCUCUGGUGCGCGCGACAGCCCGUAUCAGCGCCCGCCGCCUUCCUCCCGACCACGCCCACCACCGGUCAGCAUGCCCGGGUUUCCCACUGGUCCGCGCGCGGGCGGCAGCCCCUCGUACGCGAUGACGAUGAACCCCCUCACGCCGCUACACGAUGCAUUCCACGCCGCCCAGGCGUAUGUAUACCCCACUACGCUAUCCCCCACGAUACCCAUUCCGCAUGGCGACGAUCCUACGGCAUACGACUCAACAUACUUCCCCCAGGGCGCGGCGACGGCGGUGCCGACAAUGAGCCACGAGCAGUACAUGGUGUACUACUUCCAAAGCGUUCGCAAGACACAAUACGUCUUUGCAGGCAAUUCGCUCACGAACGCCCUUCACUCGAUCGUCACGGCGGAGCCGCGCGGGCCCACCGCCAACGCCAUUUGCGCGCUAUCUAGCCUACAUUACUUUCGCACCCGCGUCGCGCAGGGCCUCGACGCACACGCGGCCGAGCCCGAGAUUGCCAAGGAAUAUUACGAGCACGCACACUACCAGCUCGUCAACACGAAAAGCCUCCACGGGCAAUACUGCGAAACAGAUGCAGUUGCGGCAGUGCUGCUCGUCAGCUAUGCGCUCCUGUCUGCCGUUCCGUAUGACUGGUCGUCAGAGCUCGAGGUCGCGUACAGCUGGCUGACAUCAACACGAAUCCACGAGGAGCAGAACCCGAAACUAAUGCUGCUCAACAUGACGGUCAUAUGUCAAUUCGCUGCACGUGCAACCAUGGUGCGUCUGACCCUGUAUCUUUUCGGGUUGCCUGCUAAUCCGACCCGCACCUCCCUCGCAGUGGAUCGACGUUGUGUCGAGCAUUACGUUUACACAGCCGCCGCGGUUCCUGUCGCUCUACCGCAGGCUCUACGGGGGCGGCGCCGGCUUUUGGGCUGGCACACAGCACUCCGACGUGCGGAUGGAGACACUAAUUGGAUGUCCGGACGAGGUGGUACUUGCGAUCGCGGAGGUGUCCGCACUGGCAUACUGGAAGGCUACAGAGCAACGGAAAGGUAG